CCGCACUGCGGCACCCAGUCGGCUCUCAGUGCUUAGGACGUUGGCGGCCGGUCUGGCUGUGCUGCUGCCGCCCUCCGGCCCGCCCAGCUUGACACUGGGUCUGCUUCUCACCGCUCCAGCUGUCGGUUCGUUGGGAACCGAUCGCUGAGCGCUCUCCUCUCCGUCUUCUAGUCUGUGGAGCGGGGGAUUGCAGUCAUUGUCUUCCAUACUCCCGGUCCUGGCUUGAACGCUUUGGAGCAGAUACGUUCUAAGAUCCUGAUUGAGUCAGUGCGUUACAUUAUUUCUCAAUGCUUGCCAUAAAGCUGAGCUAUGCCCACUGUUGAGAGUGAAGCCAAAGCAAAAACCAAAAUUCGCUUUGAAGAAUUACUUAAGACCCACAAUGAUCUAAUUCGUGAAAGAAAAAAACUGAAGAAAAAACUUGCCAAAUCUAGAGAAAACAUCCCACUUGGCACUGUUAAAAGCGGUCUUCAGAAUAUUAAAGAAACCAAAAGUGAUAAUGUAAAUUGUAUUAACACUAAUAACCCAGACAAGAGCAUGCGAGUCACUAAAAACAAACUAAAGAAUACACAUUCAGCAGCUGAAGAUUCAAAUGAUGAUGUCAGUGUAGAGGAAGACAAGCAAGGAAAGCCAAGUAAAAAGAUUACAAAGACCACACAAGAAAUGGAACCAGAAACUUCUGAGAAGGUAGAUUUUGCACAUCAGAAAAUGAGAACAAAGUCAUUGUCCAGUGUUGAUCAUCAAAAAAGUGAUAAGACAAAGGAAGGAAAAGAAAAUAAUAAUUUAGAAGGAGAAGAACUUAUGCAAGCAUACCAGCUCCAGGUAGCUGAAGAAAUGGCAAAGGAAAUUAAGAAGAAAAUAAGGAAGAAACUGAAAGAACAGUUAACUUACUUUCCCUCAGAUACCUUAUUGCAUGAUGACAAAUUGAGCAGUGAAAAAAAGAAAAAGAAGAAAAAGAGAGUUCCAGCCAUGUCUAAAGCUGAAACAAGCACAUUGAACAUCUCUGAUGACACAGUUGAAGAUGAACAAAAGAAGUACUCGCCAGUUGGAAACAUUACUUCAGAUUCUCAUCAAGAUGAUGAAAUAAGCUCAGUGGAACAAAAUGCAGAUGAUAAUAUGCCAGAUAACACAAAAUCCAAACCAAAAAAGACAAAAAAGAAGACUAAAGCAGUUUCAGAUGAUAAUGAAGACAUUGAUGGUGAUGGUGUUCAUGAAAUAACAAGCCGUGAUAGUCCAGUUUAUCCCAAAUGCUUGCUUGAUGAUGACCUUGUCUUGGGAGUUUACAUUCACCGAACUGAUCGACUUAAAUCAGAUUUUAUGAUUUCUCACCCAAUGGUAAAAAUUCAUGUGGUUGACGAGAACACUGGUCAAUAUGUCAAGAAAGACGAUAGUGAACGACCCGUGUCAUCUUACUAUGAAAAAGAGAAUGUGGAUUAUAUUCUUCCUAUUAUGACUCAGCCUUAUGAUUUUAAACAGUUAAAAUCAAGACUUCCAGAAUGGGAAGAACAAAUUAUAUUUAAUGAAAAUUUUCCCUCUUUGCUUCGAGAGUUUGAUGAGAGUCCUAAAGUCAUCUUGUUCUUUGAGAUUGUUGAUUUUUUAAGCAUGGAUGAAAUUAAGAAUAACUCUGAGGUUCAAAACCAAGAAUGUGGCUUUCGGAAAAUUGCCUGGGCAUUUCUUAAGCUACUGGGAGCCAAUGGAAAUGCAAAUAUCAAUUCAAAACUUCGCUUGCAACUGUACUACCCACCUACUAAACCUCGAUCCCAAUUAAAUGUUGUUGAGGUUUUUGAAUGGUGGUCCAAAUGUCCAAGAAAUCGUUAUCCUUCAACAUUAUAUGUAACUGUUCGAGGAUUGAAAGUUCCAGACUGUAUAAAACCAUCUUACCGCUCUAUGAUGGCACUUCAGGAGGAAAAAGGUAAACCAGUGUAUUGUGAACGCCACCGUGAAUCAAGUUCAGUCGACACAGAACCUGGAUUAGAAGAUUCAAAGGAAGUAGUAAAAUGGAAACGACUUCCUGGGCAGGCUUGCCGUAUCCCAAACAAGCACCUCUUCUCACUGAAUGCAGGAGAGCGAGGAUGUUUUUGUCUUGAUUUCUCCCACAAUGGAAGAAUAUUAGCAGCAGCCUGUGCCAGCCGGGAUGGAUAUCCAAUUAUAUUAUAUGAAAUUCCUUCUGGACGUUUCAUGAGAGAAUUGUGUGGCCACCUCAAUAUCAUUUAUGACCUUUGCUGGUCAACAGAUGAUCGAUAUAUUCUUACUUCAUCAUCUGAUGGCACUGCCAGGAUAUGGAAAAAUGAAAUAAACAAUACAAAUACUUUCAGAGUUUUACCUCAUCCUUCUUUUGUGUACACGGCUAAAUUUCAUCCAGCUGUAAGAGAGCUGGUGGUGACAGGUUGCUAUGAUUCUAUGAUACGGAUAUGGAAAGUUGAUAUGAGAGAAGAUUCUGCCAUAUUGGUUAGACAAUUUGAUGCUCACAAGAGUUUUAUCAACUCUCUCUGUUUUGAUGCUGAAGGCCAUCACAUGUAUUCAGGAGACUGCACAGGGGUGAUUGUUGUUUGGAAUACUUACGUCAAAGUUAAUGAUUUGCAACAUUCAGUGCGCCACUGGACUAUAGAUAAGGAAAUUAAGGAAACUGAAUUUAAGGGGAUUCCAAUAAGUUAUUUGGAGGUUCAUCCCAAUGGAAAACGUUUAUUGAUUCAUACCAAAGACAGCACUUUGAGAAUUAUGGAUCUCCGAAUAUUAGCAGCAAGGAAAUUUGUCGGUGCAGCAAAUUACCGGGAAAAGCUUCACAGUACUUUAACACCAUGUGGGACUUUUCUCUUUGCUGGAAGUGAAGAUGGCAUAGUAUAUGUUUGGAACCCUGAAACAGGAGAACAAGUAGCAAUGUAUUCUGAUCUGCCAUUCAAGUCACCUAUUCGAGACAUUUCUUACCAUCCAUUUGAAAAUAUGGUUGCAUUUUGUGCAUUUGGGCAGAAUGAGCCCCUUCUUCUUUACAUUUACGAUUUCCAUGUAGCGCAGCAGGAGGCUGAAAUGUUCAAACGCUACAAUGGAACAUUUCCAUUACCUGGAAUACACCAAAGCCAAGAUGCUUUAUGUACCUGUCCUAAACUGCCUCAUCAAGGCUCUUUUCAAAUUGAUGAAUUUGUCCACACUGAAAAUUCUUCAACAAAGAUGCAGAUAGUGAAGCAGAGACUUGAAACUGUCACAGAGGUGAUACGAUCCUGUGCUGCAAAAGUCAACAAAAAUCUCUCAUUUACUUCACCACCACCAGCCUCCUCACAACAGUCUAAGUUAAAACAGUCAAACAUGCUGUCCGCUCAUGAGAUUCUACAUCAGUUUGGUUUCACUCAAACCGGGAUUAUCAGCAUAGAAAGAAGGCCUUGUAACCAUCAAGUAGAUUCACCUCCAACGGUAGUGGCUCUUUAUGACUAUACAGCGAGCCGAUCAGAUGAACUAACCAUCCAUCGCGGAGACAUUAUCCGAGUGUUUUUCAAAGAUAAUGAAGACUGGUGGUAUGGCAGCGUAGGAAAGGGACAGGAAGGUUAUUUUCCAGCUAAUCAUGUGGCUAGUGAAACACUAUAUCAAGAACUGCCUCCAGAGAUAAAGGAGCGCUCCCCUCCUUUAACCCCCAAGGAAAAAACCAAAACAGAAAAGCUUUCAGCUCCUCAAAAGCAGUCAGUCAGUAAGGACAAGUCCCAGGAUUUCAGACUUGGCUCACAAUCAGUGACACAUUCUGAAAUGGGCAAAGAACAAAGCCGUGAGGACCGAGGACACAAAACAGACUUGCAGGUGAAGAAGAAUGAGCAAACAAGCCGAAAAGUCACCCUAAUAGAGUAAAGAGAUGAAGAAGAAUGAAGACACAACUAAAUACACAGAAAUGAAAUGACAAAUUAAAUCAAGUGGAAUUCUUCUUUAGAGAUCAGAUUUUCAGAUAAAAGGGAAGAAAGGAAGAAUACACUACUUCUUAUCCUUAUGAAAAAUCAGAAGAGAGGUGGGUGGAGAAAUCAAUGUGGUCUUUGAGCUUAAUUGUUACAAACUAUUGUUGUAAUCGUUGUUGGUCAAAGUAUUAGUACUUGUAUUAUCAGUAACUACAUCAAAAUUGCAUUACCACUGUUGGAAAACCAAUAAAGAAAAAAAUGUAAUUGCUACGCAGCAAACGUGAAUAAAAAGUGUUUGCAUUGUUAGAAUAUCCAUUAAGUAAUCAUUCAAUAUUAUUGUAUCUGUAUUGUGGUUAUAUGUGUGAUGUUAUGCUCAAAAUAUGAAGUAUCUGCUUUUAAAACUAACUUUAUUUAAAAGAUAAGCAGCUUCAGAAUAUUGUGUGUUCAAAAUGGUCCUAGUAACAAAGGCAUUAAAAGGAAGUCUGCUUUUUAGAAUUAAACAUUUGUGUUUCUUUUCAGUGAAUCGUAUAUGUAACUUGAUACACCUAAUCUAAAAGUGAUUUUGGGCUGGACUGACAACAGUGUUCUAAAUGUUUUUAUUUUUUAAAAAAGGCAGUUCAUAUUUAAGAAUAUAAGUAAUUUAUAUAUUUAUAUUAUUUGUUAUUUAUUUUUAAUAUUUGUUUUUUAAUUAUUAUAUUGCAUUAUUUAUUUUUUAGUUCCACAAUAACAAUGUCAUUACUAUAUGACUAUAUUUUUUGAAGUUUGGUAUAAUAGGAAAAUUCAAUUUUUUGUUCUUGACUACUCUUUCUCAAUUAUAUGCUGUCUAUUAAUAAAAUAUUUAGCCCCAAUAAGAUCAAAACUAAUAUAACAUUAGAAAACUUAUUUACCAAAUUAGACAAUUGAUUCCAUUAAAAUAAGAAGUGAGAAAAAGUUCUGGGCAUUGAGGUAUAAAUUUUGCCCAGAUGUAUACCCAGUGUGAAAUUUCUAGUAAAAAUAUAUUUGGCUCUAUCCCUGCACAUGUUGUAGAAGCAUAAAAAUUGGUAAACAUGACCCUGCUGUGAGACUUCUUUUUUUUUUUUUUUUUUUUUUGAGAAAAAAUUAAAAGAUGUGUUUUAAAAGAGCAGCACUGAUGCCAGCUGAAGCCCUCAGCCAUCAACACAGAGUUCUGUUCUGAUCGUGCCAAACUUUCGUUGUUCUGGACGCAUACAGCUGGGCCUGGGCAACUUGAGUCACCCUUGUACAAGCUUGUUUUUUUCUGUCUUAUGAAUGCACUUGAUAAUUUAAAAAUAAAGAUGUUUGUCUCUCUGCA